CAGUGAGUUAUUACAUGUCUUUGAAUACAAUUAAUCGAUUUUCACAAUAUUUAUCCCUAUUAUUGCAAUUAUUAUUAAUAUUAACCAAAUGUGUGACCAAUAGUAACAAUAAUUGUCUGCAAAAUAGCAACAAUUUAUUGGUUGACAGCGAUUGCCAUCAAAGUGACGGCAAACAGACCAACAGUUCAUAUAAUCAAAUGAAACCCGACUUAAGUGUCCAUGUCUUGACCUGGAAUGUCAAGUCUGGUCAAUGCAAAUGUGAUUUAUCACAAUUGUUGGACAUCUCAUCGCUAACAAAUCAAUCUUCAGACGAACAAUUGGCUGAUAUUUAUGCCAUUGGUCUACAAGAGGUGGCCUUCAAGUUCGGUAACAUAUUCUUCACUGAACCAUGGAUUGAGACAUUUGAUAAGUUGUUCAAACAAUUGGAUUACGUAAGAGUCAAACAGAUCCGUUUGGUUGGCAUUGUGCUGAUGGUGUACACCAAACGGUCAUAUUUACCGCGAAUCAAAUCAGUUGACGUUCAAUUCACGCGCACAGGUUUGGGAGGACUGUGGGGUAACAAAGGAGGUGUCAGUGUUAGCCUAAACUUUGGUGGCGUAUCCUUGUGUUUAGUGAACAGCCAUUUGGCCCCGCAUUACGAGAAUUUAGACCAACGAGUGGCCGAUUAUAAUACUAUAAUCGAUGGCCAGAACUUUUACAAUACAAAGAAACCAAAUAUUUUGAGUCAUGAUUAUGUCAUAUGGAUCGGUGAUCUUAAUUUUCGUAUCGAUAAUCUAUCGGGAGAUGAGAUACAUGACAUCAUAAUGUAUGCUAAUAAACAUCCCGACAAUGAUCUUAGAUUUGAAAAAUUAUUAGCCAAUGAUCAGUUAAAUCGUGUCCGACGAGAAGGACGGGCUUUCAGUGAGUUUAAUGAAUCAAACAUAUCAUUUGCACCCACCUAUAAAUUUUUUGUCAAUACUGAUGAUUAUGAAUAUAAAGCGAGAAAACCUGCAUUUACUGAUCGUGUAUUAUAUCGCUAUACAUCUAACGCUUAUGAGGACUUUGAGUUAAAGCUCCGGCAAUUGUAUUAUAAAUCUCAUCCACAAUACAAACAAUCAGAUCAUAAACCGGUAUCCGCUUUGUUUCAUUUGACCACAAAAGCAUCCGCACAUAAAAUUUCCAAACGAUACGCAUCGUUAGCCCUGUCCGGUGAAGAACAGGCUUUAGAUGGAGUACCGGAAGACAAGGAGGAAGAGAUUUUUGUAACAUUCCAUACAAUCAGUAACUGGAAAAUCAACAACGAAUCCAUUGCUUGGUAUACUAUAUCACCGAAUGAUGAGAAAACAAUUGCAUCGUUGUCUCAGUGGGAUUGGAUCGGUUUAUUUAAAGCUGAUUUUAUAUCAAUUGAAGACUAUUUGUUAUUUGUUUGGGCCAAUACAGAGCCCAAUCGAUGGUCAGCUCCUAAUUUUAAUCAAACGAAUGUCCAACAACUUGAUAACAGUGAAGACAGUACCGACACAAUAGCCUCUACUCGACGUCAGCCAUGGUUUUCGGUUCAAUAUCCAGAUAAUAGUCUAUUAAUUGCCGAUAAAUUUAGAUUAGUUUAUGUGACACAAUCCGGGGAUGUUUUGGGUAUUAGUGAUCCAUUUGAUAUAAUUGAUUAAUUCAGUCAUAAAUUAUCGGUAAAAA